CCUUCACCUGGGAAUUAAAUUCAUCCUUCAGAACAGUUCAAAUAGUUAUCUCCUCCUUGAAGCUUCUGACAACUCCCAGCGUGUUAUAGUUUCCCUCUCUGUGCCUAUACAACUCUGCCUUGACCCACCCAGCAAGUAUUUAUUGAACACUUUUUAUUUGUGAGGCACAGUCCUGGGUUCUAGGCAUACAGGGUUGAAAAGGGACACAAAAUCUAGCAUCAUCGCGUUGCUGUGAAAUUCAGCACCUAAGUGUCUCUCACACCCCACCCUCUCUCCCCCACCACAAUGAGUACUUAUUACAACUGAAGGCAGGAAUGGAGUCGUCUUCAUUUUUGAAUGCCCAGGAACUGAACUGGCAUCUGGAUGACACAGGGGCUGUCCAGCCGGACCCGGGUGCGGGAACUCCAGGGCCAAAUUGCCGCCAUCACCGGGAUCUCCCCCGGCGGUCAGCGAAUCCUCGUCGGAUUUCCACCCGAGUGCUUGGAUCUCAGCAACGGGGAUACCGUUCUGGAGGACUUGCCCAUUCAGUCGGGCGACAUGCUGAUUGUUGAAGAAGACCAAACCAGGCCCAAAACUUCACCUGCUUUUACAAAACAUGGUGCUCCUAGUUACAUCAGGGAAACUUUGCCUGUACUUAGCAGAACGGUGGUCCCAGCAGACAACUCUUGCCUCUUUACCAGUGUGUACUAUGUCGUUGAAGGAGGAGUCUUGAAUCCAGCUUGUGCCCCUGAGAUGAGACGCCUCAUAGCACAAAUUGUAGCAAGUGAUCCAGACUUCUACAGUGAGGCAAUACUGGGAAAAACAAAUCAAGAGUACUGUGACUGGAUCAAAAGGGAUGACACUUGGGGAGGAGCAAUUGAGAUAUCGAUUUUGUCUAAGUUUUAUCAGUGUGAAAUAUGUGUAGUGGAUACACAGACGGUAAGAAUUGAUCGUUUUGGGGAAGAUGCGGGGUAUAGCAAAAGGGUCCUGCUUAUUUAUGAUGGCAUCCACUAUGAUCCGCUUCAGCGUGACUUCCCUGAUCCAGAUACACCUCCUCUGACCAUAUUCUCCUCUAACGAUGAUAUUGUUCUUGUCCAAGCACUGGAAUUAGCAGAUGAAGCUAGAAGAAGGAGACAAUUUACUGAUGUAAACCGCUUCACCCUAAGAUGCAUGAUAUGUCAGAAGGGAUUGACUGGACAAGCUGAAGCAAGGGAACAUGCCAAGGAGACAGGCCAUACCAACUUUGGAGAAGUGUGAUCUAUGCACAAAUGAGGGUUGAAGCCAGCUACCUCACAGAUCCAGAAGGCUCUGGGUUUUCCAAUAAGCUAUUUGUAACCCUAAAGAAUGAAAGGACACAAUGCUUGAACCAUCCUUUUAACUUAAAACCACUAAGACACUAAAAUUCCAAGUUAAGAUUAAAAUUAGUGUGCAAGUUUACAGAUGUGUGUCUACAGUGGUGAUACAUGCCCUCUUUCUGCUGGGGUGACAGUGGGGCCACCUACUGACACUGACUUGAAAAUUGAGUUUUAGUAUUAUAAACUAGCACCCAGCAGCUUUAACUUGUAGAAGAAAACAACAUCACAUUUUGGGUUAUGUGGAUGGCCUCAUGUGAGGCCACUGGACAUGUACCACAGUGUAUCCAAUAAUAGAGCCCUUUUAAUAAC